GCAGCCGGCUGGGAGGUCCGCACGCCUUGCCUGAAGGGGCUGGAUGCCUUCUGGAUCAAACAUGAAUGACCUGCUGAAGGUGCCCCUGGUGCACGUCCUCACCCUGGCAGCCAUCAGCUUGGCUGACACACUUCUGAAAGCUCCCCUGAUCAGCACUCCUCUGGAAACCGUGGAUGCCCUGGUAGAAGACAUUGCCAAGUUUGUCUGUGUAGUGGAGUCAUAUCCUGAGCCGGAGAUUACAUGGACACGCAACAGCAUUCCCAUCAGGCUGUUUGACACACGGUACAGCAUCCAGAGGAACGGGCAGCUCCUGACCAUCCUGAGUGUGGAGGACAGUGAUGAUGGUGUGUACUGCUGCACAGCAGAUAAUGGAGUUGGAGCACCUGCACAGAGUUGUGGGGCUCUCCAGGUGAAAAUGCGACCCAAAAUAACCCGUCCACCUAUAAAUGUAGAAAUAAUAGAAGGGUUAAAGGCUGUUCUUCCAUGCACUACAAUGGGGAACCCAAAACCUUCUGUUUCAUGGGUCAAAGGAGAAACAGCUGUAAAGGAGACUGCUCGAAUUGCUGUCCUUGAUUCUGGGAAUUUAAGGAUACACAAUGUUCAGAGAGAAGAUGCGGGAGAGUAUCGUUGUGUAGCCAAGAACAGCUUGGGCACAGCCUAUUCAAAACCUGCCACUGUGGUAGUGGAAGUGUUUGCCAGAAUCCUGAAGGCUCCUGAAUCCCUAAACAUCACUUUUGGGUCCGUGGUGACAUUGCGGUGCACAGCAACUGGCCUUCCAGUCCCUACUGUCACCUGGUUGGAAAACGGGAAAGCUGUUUCUGCGGGGUCUAUAGCAGAAAGUGUCAAGGACAGAGUGGUUGAUUCCAGACUGCAAGUGUAUGUCACUCGACCUGGCCUGUUCACUUGUCUUGCCACAAACAAGCACAGCAAAACUUUUGGAACUGCAAAAGCAGCAGCAACCAUCAGCAUUUCAGAAUGGAGCAAGCUGUACAAGGGUGACACAGGCUACUGCAGCACAUACAGAGGUGAGGUGUGUAGUACUAUCUUGGCGAAGAAUGCUCUUGUUUUCUUCAACUCCUCGUAUGCUGACCCAGAGGAGACCCAAGAGCUGCUUGGGCACACUGCCUGGACUGAACUGAAAAUGGUGAGUUCAUUCUGCAAACCGGCUGCUGAGUCUCUGCUGUGUAACUACAUCUUCCAAGAGUGCAAUCCCUCGGGAGCUGGGCCAGCUCCAAAACCAGUGUGCAGAGAGAAUUGCCUUGCUGUAAAGGAUAUCUACUGCUUUAAGGAAUGGCUCUCGAUGGAGGAGAGCUCUCAGAAGGGGAUUUACAAGCCAGGGCUGAUGCUGCUCGCUCUUCCUGAAUGCAAAAGUUUGCCCAGCCUGCACGAGGAUCCCAGCUCCUGCACCCAUAUCCCCUUUUUUGAUUUUAAGAAGGAGAACACAACCAGGACUUGCUACAGUGGCAAUGGCCAGUUUUACCAGGGCACCGCCAAUGUCACAGCAUCCGGCAUUCCCUGCCAGAAGUGGAGUGAUCAGGCUCCUCAUUUGCACAGGAGGAUUCCCCAGAUCUUCCCUGAGCUGCUUGAUGCUGAGAAUUAUUGCCGCAAUCCAGGAGGUGAGAACGAGCGUCCCUGGUGCUACACAAAGGAUCCAGCUGUGACCUGGGAAUACUGCAGUGUGUCUCCCUGUGGAGAUGCAUUGUUAUCACUGGGAACAAGAAAACCAAACAGAGACACUCUAAAUCUCCCCCCUCCUCCUCCAUUUUCCCCUACAUACUCCAUGACUGUUAUCAUCUCAAUCAUCUCCAGCUUUGCUCUGGUUGUGAUCUUUGGCAUUAUCAUCCUGGUUUGCUGCCGUCAUCGAAAACAGUGGAAAAACAAAAAAAGAGAGUCGGAGACACCAACUCUCACCACUCUGCCCUCUGAACUGCUCCUGGACCGGCUGCACCCCAACCCAAUGUACCAGCGCAUGCCUCUUCUCCUCAAUCCAAAAUUGCUUAGCCUGGAGUACCCCAGGAACAAUAUUGAAUAUGUGAGGGAUAUCGGAGAGGGAGCAUUUGGGAGAGUCUUCCAAGCCAGGGCCCCAGGGCUGCUGCCAUACGAACCUUUCACCAUGGUAGCAGUGAAAAUGCUGAAGGAGGAAGCAUCUGCAGACAUGCAGGCCGACUUUCAGAGGGAAGCAGCUCUCAUGGCAGAAUUUGACAAUCCAAACAUCGUCAAGCUUUUAGGAGUGUGUGCAGUUGGGAAGCCGAUGUGCCUGCUGUUCGAGUACAUGGCCUAUGGGGAUCUAAACGAGUACCUGCGUGACCGCUCGCCCCGCAACCUCUGCAGCCUGGCACAAGACAGUCUGGACACAAGGUUUCGCCUCCCGAACCCCCUGGCACUGUGCUGCACCAGCCAGCUCUGCAUUGCCAAGCAGGUUGCUGCUGGCAUGGCGUACCUCUCUGAGCGCAAAUUUGUCCACCGGGAUUUGGCCACCAGGAACUGCCUGGUGGGGGAGAACAUGGUGGUCAAAAUUGCCGACUUUGGUCUCUCAAGGAACAUGUAUUCGGCUGACUAUUACAAAGCAAAUGAGAAUGAUGCCAUCCCCAUCCGCUGGAUGCCCCCUGAGUCCAUUUUCUACAACCGCUACACCACAGAGUCUGAUGUGUGGGCCUAUGGAGUGGUGCUGUGGGAGAUCUUCUCCUAUGGCAUGCAGCCUUACUAUGGAAUGGCUCAUGAGGAGGUCAUCUACUACGUCAGGGAUGGGAAUGUCCUCUCUUGCCCUGACAAUUGUCCCCUGGAGCUCUACAACCUGAUGCGCCUCUGCUGGAGCAAGUUGCCCGCCGACCGGCCAGGCUUUGCCAGCAUCCACCGCAUCUUGGAGCGUAUGUACGAGAGGGCUGUGGCCAACAUGUCUGUCUGAGGGAUGCAUUUCCUUCCUUGUCUCCUGUGCCCACCUAUCCAGACUCACUUCGACCAGCCCAUGAGCUCCUGAGUGGUGGUGGCUUCAUACAAUAUCCCACUCAGGGAGGAGAAACAGCUUGUUCCACUACCAAGCAAGAAAUACAGACUUAUGCACCUAAUUGAGUGGGGCUGUACCUCCCAAACAAUAGGGCUGACCUUUAGCCACCAAGAUAGGACUCCCCAGGUUGGUGAGAGUGCUGGUCAUGCUAACUCAGUAUUUGUAUGUAACAUUUCCAGGAGCACAGAGUUGUCCAGGGAAGGCAAACCAAUGUUUCUUCCUAACCACUGCUUCUUCCCUUCCUCUCAGAUCCCACCAUGACCUUCUGCAUCUUGGCUUCUACCUUUUUUCCCCUUUCUUGUAUGUUUUCAAGUAUUAUUUAAAAAAAAAAAAAAAAUUGCAGAGUUCAAUCUUCUUUUGGGGAUACUGUUUAUUAUUUUAUUUUUGCAUACUGUUUACUAAUUUUUUUUUGGAUACUCAGUCCUUUUUGCAGAAAAAGCAUGUUUCUGAAGCCAUAGGCCACUUUAAUCUUUCUUUUAACUUCCACUCUCUCUCAUUACAAUAACACUGAGAGAGUCAGAGCAGGAGCCUGCUGGAUCGCUGGCAGCCACCUGCACCUUAUGUUACCAAGACAGACCGACUCCUGUCAAGCAUGAUACUUUCCAUUUUCCAGUGUGGGAAAUUCAGAGUCACCUUCACUUGAUGUUUGUUAAAGUCUCACCUAAAAGCUUUUCUUAAGCAUUGCAGCACACCUUUCCUGCCUUCCUCUGAAGCAACAAAGCCAUUUGGUUCUGUGGGAGAAGUUCAUCCUGAAGGCCUGGUGCUGCACUUCAUAGGCAUCCAAGGUGUAUUUAUUUGCCACUGCGCGGUCCUCACCAUGCUGAAAGCAGGGAGAAAUGCAUUCCCUCUUGCAGAAAUGUGGCAGGUUGCAUUGAUUGUUUAUUUCCUUUCCCUUUACAAUCUUCGCCUCCUGUUUCUGGUUUUCCUUUCCUAACAGACUCUCCUAACUCACCCUACAGUAUUUGGUGGCCACCUUUCCUUGUGUUGCAGUCUAGAGACAGAGAAGUAAGGAAGGUGGAUGUCUGCCACCAGUGUCCUUCAGAGACAACCUGUCAGUUAGGAGAAGGUGGAGAAACUGAGUGCACACAAGAAGAAUUGAAAACUGUCCAUCUGCAAGGCAAGGAUGAGAUUGCCUCAGUCAAACAUAGCCCACAGCCCAUCUCCAAAAACCAAUGUUUCUCUGCUAAAAGUUCUCAAAAUUGUUAUGGAUACUUCAGUGCUAGAGAAAAUUUUAUUCCUCUGGUGACAGGUGUAGCCUUUUAGCUCCUUGUGGAGUGAUAAGCAGUUGUCCCAGGCCCUCCUUGCUGAUACAAAAUAUAGCUUGAGGCAGGGAUGUGCAUUAUGACUGAAGAGCAGGAGUGCAAGUGAAUGAGUGUUUGGUGUGGCUUCUGUAACUGGGACCCACUGGUUUAGCCUACCCAGAAAGCAGCAGCAGAGAGCAGUUAUCUGUGGUUUCUGAAAAGUGAGCCUGAAAAGGUCUGUGAACUGUUACAAAGAACAGAACUGGAAAGAUCAUACUUUCCUCUGCUACUCUCCUGUUUGUUUGGGUUUUCAUUUUGUCAGUUUUUUUGAGGGCUUUUUUUAUAUAACCAUGGUUAUAUAGUUUUUCUAAUUGUGGCCACAAUAGCAUAAUUUAAUGUUUUCAGACCACUGGUGUCACUUUCACUUGGAGCAAAGAGCUUGCAAUUACCAAAGACAGUGGCAAGAAAAGAGGUUUGGGCUGCAAAAUGUUGAAGUGCUAAAAUGGUAUCUUCACAGUGAGCACAAAAUAGCCAGGGCUGUCUUACUCAUUUAGCAGUCCUACCAUCAUGCUGCUAUGACACAACAGUUUACUGAGGUUUGGAUGCCAAAGACAAAUACCCUCAGCAAAUCCCAAACCCCUCAAUUUCCAUUAAAAAAUUAUGCCAGAUUUCCUUAUAUAGCUCUUGUUAUUGCAUUAUGACCACCUCAGAGUGUGCAUUGUUAAAUUUCUGUUAGGUUGUUUCAGCUCCCUCUGUCUUCCCUGUUCUAAGGAGGCAGAAGUGAGGAGGCAGGCCUGGAGGAAUGGGGAGUGACGCUGAGCUGAGCCUGAAUACACAGCCCAGGACUUGCAUCAUCUCUAUAAGGGAGGGUGCACAUUCAAGAUCCUUGCAGUGCUCAAGGCACCAGGCAUUUUGUCACCCUCUAUAAAGAGGGCAGGGUCAGAAGCUGUGUGUGGGUAGUGGUGUGGGUCCAUGCACCUAGCACAUCCUCCGAAGCUGGAAUGAUCCAUAUGUUAAGCAAAGCGCACAGUAACAGCAAAACCUGCACCACAAACACACCCAUUUACAGUCUGCCUUUCUGCCUUCUAGGAUCCCAGUGUUGGCUCCAGUUGUUCAUUCUCCCAUUCCGCCAGAAAAAUGAUUUUAAAAACACAAUCAUUGUUUUCUUCUUGUUAGCUGCCUGUAACGUCACAUGCUUGGAAUUUUCACUCACUGCCUUGUGAAAGGAGGGCUCCCAUAGACUUGGAAAUGUAACCCUUUUCAUCUCAUUUUCCUAGCCCAAAUGCUUCUCUCAGUGACCCCACAUUUUGGAUAACAGUGGAAAAUUCGGUCUUCCUCGUCCAGCAUCCCAUUCCUUUGCAUUAUAAGUAUGUACUGAAGCGUGAGGUAGUCAGUGUCUGCAGGUCAGGAGGGAAGAAGCUUCCUUUCUUGCAGAGGAAAGGGAUCAUUUCAAGACAGACUCAGAGAAGCUCUCAGCAACAUCCUCUCCAGGAACGGCAAUCACUUCUGCGUACCGAUCCAGCAGGAGGGCUUAGCACAUAAAUGGUGCUGUCGUUUGACGAUUAAAUUGUAGUAGGACUUCUGCUGUCUUAGUGUGUAGCUGCAUUUUACCGUUUCCUCCUGCUGUGUGUUUUCAGCUUGCUAGGAGCUGGAGGUUGACAGCUUUCAUGACAUGCCUUCUUUCACAGAUGUUUUUUCUCCUCCUUAUGUUUAAGAUUCUGCUGUCUUCAUUCUUUGUCAUACAGUGCCCUAUGCCAGAUUCUUCUAGACUUUCUGUACAAUUAUCAUGUAACACGAAUUAUUUUAAAUGGGAGUAAACAAAGGGAUUAUGAGAGAGUAGGAGAGCAAGUUUGUUACUCAAAACAAGUUUCUUGGAAGCAAAAAUAUUUUGCUUCUCUAGUUUGGAUUUAUAAUUUAUGUAGAGAGAGAGGAUGAAUCAAAAAUAAACAUUAUUUUAGAACAUUUGUGUGCUGCAAGGUAGAGUACUUUUCUACAUUUAGUUCUGUCCAUUCUGGCCCAGAAAAGAAGGAAUACUUCAUGAAUUUGCAUGUCACCCUUGUGCAGGGACCAUACUAAAAUAUGAAUUUUAAAUGAACUUUUUUGGUGCUUUGGUUCCCAUUCCCACUGAUAACAGAGGGAGCCAGCAAUCGGGCACUGGAUGAGAACCCCAAGAAGAGGAUUUGCAGCACAUUUGAUGUAUCCAUUCCCUUUGCAAGUGUGCUGCCUUGAGCACCGGUAGCACAUAUACAUCUUUAUCAUGGGUGACAUAUUGUGAAAUCUGACCAACCAAACAGCACAGAAAUCUUCUCAUGUUCCUGUGCCUUUUCUUGACAGUUGCAUUUAAAAUGCACUUUUAUAAGCAUACAUUUCAUAAUUGAUUGGACACUGUUUGCAACGUGAUCAAAUUUGGUUUGAAGGACCUUCCUCUCAAACACUUUGUGGGCUAAACGUAACUGUCUCGUCUCAUUUACCCGAGGGAAUAUACUAGUUAUUAUUUUGUGAUUGUUUGUUAUACCUUCAUGAAUGAUGGCUUUGAAAGACAUCCCUGGCAGAGAUGUACAUUUCUCA